CCGCUUCCAACCGUGUUCGCUGCACUGCCGUCCAUGUCGUCGUCUGCUACCAUCUGUCCAGCUUGCCAGUUUCGAACAUUAGUCUUUUCGCUCAGGCCACCAACGCGACAAUGGCAGUCCCAGAGAUCUAUGGCAUUAGCCAUGCGCCAGCGGAAGAAACCCUCCAGAAUGACUCUUACACAAGAUGUAGGGAAGACGGACGUGGGAAGAAGGGUGGCGAAAAGGGAUACAGCAGGUCCGUUUGCGGGAAUGAAUCAAACGGUGGCACGAUUACCUGUUGCGCGACCACCUCGAGCGGUCCCGUCACGAGUCCGAAUGGCCCUUAGGUCGAAGAUCAAGGAGCGCGCAACCACAACUAAGCUGCAGACAAAGACCACUCCACCUCCUGACGAAGAGGGCGGUGUCGCUGUCACGUCAAUUUCAUCCUCGAGGCAAAGGGAGAAAAAGGACAAAGACGAACGGCCACUUUUCCACGCACUGAAGAUGCAGCAGAUCCUCACUCCCCUAUCCUACGGGCAACGAACCAAACUAAAGCAGCAAAUGGAGAAAAUUGAUUCCUUUGACGAGCUGGGAUUGAUGCCUUCAGUUGUCGACUCUAUCUAUACCCAGGUCCUGCCACAUCUGACGGAGUAUACACCCACCCCUGUACAGAAACUGGCGGUUCCGGCGCUUCUCAGCCGAAAGGGCGAGUAUCAAAAGCAGAAGCAGGUGGAUGCAGAUGGGAAUCCCGUCCCAAACAAAUACAGGACAUUCCUUCUCGCCGCAGAGACUGGUUCAGGGAAGACGCUGGCGUACCUGUUACCCGUCAUCAACGCCGUGAAACAACAAGAAGAGGUGGAUCGCAACGAAGAGCUCGAGCGUGAAGCCCGGAGCGUCAAAGAAAAGGAAGAACGAGACAAGAACCGUGUUUUCGAAGCAGACCCUUCGGAAACUGAUGAGGCAUCACCAAAUCAGUCAAUGGGCCGACCUCGAGCCCUCAUCCUCCUUCCCUCCUCGGAACUCGUUGCUCAGGUUACAAAGGUCGUCAAAGUCAUUGGCCACACAGUGAAAUAUCGCUCCGCGGGCAUUUCUUCCUCGAACACGCCUACGGUCAUCCGCAAUCGCCUCUUCAAUCCUCAGGGGAUCGAUAUCCUCGUUUCUUCUCCCCAUUUGAUCGCCAGCAUUGCAAAAAAAGAGCCAAAUAUCUUGUCACGCGUUCAGUAUCUGGUCAUGGACGAGGCUGAUUCCCUUUUCGACCGCUCCUUCAGUGAGACAACGUGCGAAAUUAUCGAUCGUGCGGCUCCUUCAUUAAAGCAACUCAUCCUCUGCUCUGCCACUAUUCCAAACAGUCUUGACAGAUUCAUUGACAAGAGGUUCCCUGAUUGUAAACGCAUCGUCACACCCAAGCUGCAUACCAUUCCACGUCGAGUCCAAUUGGGCGCUGUGGAUAUCGACAAGGAUCCCUAUCGCGGCAGUCGCGACCUGGCUUGUGCGGACGUGAUCUGGACCCUAGGGAAGGCUGUGCACGAAGACCUCAACCCUAAGAACACGGUGAAGCAUAUCCUUGUUUUCGUCAACGAGCGCGAGAAGGCAGAAGAGGUUGCGCGGUUCCUCGUAUCAAAGGGAAUCGAAGCGGUGGCAUUGACGAGAGAUACUGCGGAACAGCGUCAGGCUGAAAUCCUUGCAACAUUCACCUCUGUGGACCGUGUUGAAGGCUCUUCCAAGCCGUCCUCUUCUCCAUCCUCCACCUCGAAGAAAUUGUUCAAAGACUUCGUACCUUUUGACCGUUCAUCUACUCCUUCGACUUCUGGGACACACCUUCCUCAAACGCCUAGACCAACAAGGCAUCUCCCGGACGUCAAAGUUCUCGUGACCACCGACCUGGGGUCGCGCGGCGUUGACACUCUCGCGGUCCGCCACGUGGUAUUAUAUGACGUUCCGCACACUACGAUAGACUUUGUCCAUCGGUUGGGGCGCAUGGGCAGGAUGAACCGGCGAGGGAGGGGAAUUGUGCUGAUGGGGGGCAAAGAUCGGAAGGACGUGAUUAGGGAAGUCAGGGAGGCCAUGUUUAGAGGGCAGGCUCUGAUCUGAGAGGUCCAAAGAUAGGGUCUUUGAGCAAUCCGCCACAGCGAAUCAUGUAAAAACACUACUUGCUUUACUCACCUGAAGAAUUCGUUUCCACGUCCGGUGCCUCGGGUUAUGAUGCCACUAUCUUUUCUCGGAUGACAUUGAUUGUUUCCCCAUGCACUUGCUAUAAGACUAUGCAUCCCCUACCUCAAUCCUCCAGAAAACUCUUUCAGAGGCAUAAUAGAGGUGUUAUCCGC